AUGUCGUCUUUCUAUAAACGUAUCAUUGCCAAAAAGAUUUUAUCAGGUCUUGUCAACAGUCAGCGGGCAGCAGACACACAACAGCUUGAGAGGCGGCUCAGACGUAUCAUUCGAGUACCCCCAGUGCGUAAAGAUCCGAAUGAAAGAAAUUCCCAGCUGGUUAUAGAGUUAUCAGCCCUAAAGGAAUACUUAAACGGCAAAUCAUUUGAUAUUAACCAGCUCCAAACUAAGGGUGACAUGACAGUGCAGUUAGAACAAGAUGCUGUCCACAUUAAGACAGAUCCUGGACAAUUCAUCAAAAAAGUUCUAGAAGAUAUCCGGUCGGAGAAGUCAAGCUAUGGACACAUAGAGCCAGAUGAUGUGAAAACACGUGUCUGUGUCGAUUAUAGUUCACCAAACAUUGCCAAACCUUUUCAUGUUGGUCACAUGAGAUCUACCAUCAUCGGUAACAUCAUCUGCAACAUGUAUGAGGCAGCCGGGCAUGAUGUGAAGAGAAUUAACUUCAUUGGAGACUGGGGAACUCAGUUUGGUCUUUUAUCACUGGGACUUGCCAAGUACUCAGAUACUGAGCAGCUAAAGUUAGAUCCGUUAUAUGAAUUCUUCAGAGUGUAUGUGAAAAUCAACCAAGAUGUCAAAUCUGAGUGUGGCAAGGAAUCAGAGUCAACCUCACCAACAUACCAGGAGGGUCUGGCUUUGUUUGCUAAACUGGAGCAAGGAGACGAGUCUAUGCUGCAGAUAUGGAAGAUGGUUAAAGAACUGAGUGUUGUUCACUUAGACAAGAUGUAUGAACGUUUAGGUGUCCACUUUACCCAUGUCAUGCCGGAGUCCAAUUAUAAAGACAGGACUGAGGAGGUUCUGCAACGAUUGUCUCAGGCCAAUCUUCUUCAGUAUAGUUCUGAUGGUGUAGGCUACGUGCCCUUGGAUUUCCCUGACAGUGUGGGCCAGGCUACUGUUGUUAAAAGUGAUGGCUCCUCUUUAUACCUCACAAGGGAUAUAGCUUCGGCACUGGACAGGCAAGAGAAGUUUGCUUUUGACAGGGUUCAUUAUGUGGUUGAGCAAGGUCAAAGGAGCCAUUUCGUCAAGCUGGUUAGUAUUCUGCAUAGACUUGGUGUCCCCUGGGCCAACAGACCUAUUGAUGACAUCCAUAUUCGGUUUGGCCGUGUGAAGGGAAUGAGCACUCGACAAGGGAAUGCUGUUUUCCUAAGGGAUGUAUUAGACGAGGCCAAGUCACGAGUCAUCAAGUCGAUCACAUCCAGAUCUACCAGCAGAGUUUCACAAGAGUCUCUAGAAGAUGUUGCUGACAUCCUUGGGGUCACCGCCAUCAUUCUCCAGGAUGUCAAAGCCAACCGUGUCAGCGAUUACACUUUCUCAUGGGAGCAGAUGCUGAAUUUCAAAUCUGAUUCAGGUGUAUUUGUACAGUACUGCCACUCUCGUUUGUGCAGCAUGUUAUCAGGAUGUGGUGUGGAGGUCACAGAUGACAUAGAUGUCAGCUGUGUGGCACAUGAUGAUGAUCUGUAUGGAGUUGUCUUACAUUUGGCCAGGUACCCAGACAUCUUCCAGGAUUCUCUAACUACUCUGGAGCCCCAUAUCAUUGUGCAGUAUCUCUUCAGACUUUGCCAUCUUGUCAAUGUUGCCUAUGCAUUUUGUCCAGUGAAAGGACAGCCUAUAGACAUAGCUCAGGCCCGGCUGAUGGUAUUUGUUUGUGCAAGACAGGUUCUGGGAAACUGUCUAAGGGUUCUUGGUCAAACACCUGUGGAGAAAAUGUAG